AUGGAGUCUUCGGGCAUACCAGAUUGCAAUCAAGACACAGCCAUAGAAGCGUUCAAGAUAGUCACGGUGCAAGGCUCACAUUUUCGUUCUUCUCUGGUGAAGAAGGCCCCAACUAACAUGUCAGAGUUGAAUUCACGGGCACAAAACUACAUCAGACUUGAAGAAAAUAAAAUAACUAGGCAGCAGAGAGCGACACUGGUCACAGUAGAGAAUCGACCGAAGGAACAAUCGAGCACCUCGCCGGCCCAUUGGGAACCCCCGACUAUUGAGGGACGAGCCCCUAAAAAGAAAUCCCGAACAACUAAAAGGGUCACACCGCUCAAAGUAACACCGGCCCGACUGUACCAAGAGACCAAAGCAAGAAACAUCUUCCAGAUCCCACCACCAAUCAGACAGCCAAUGGAGCAAAGAGACCAGAAUAAACACUGUGCAUUCUAUAGUGACUUCGGCUACCUAACCAAUGAUUGUAGGAGCUUGAGAAAACAAGUGGAAGCGUUAAUGGCCAAGGGCGAGUUAACCGAAUACUUGAUUACCCCGGGACAGCAAAGGCAACAAGAUCGAGCCCUGGCAAUUCUAAAGGCCGCGGUAGAGAGCCAUCCUGUUCGGGUAAUUAACACAAUUCAUGGCCGUCCGAAAGAAGACGAACGAGUACUGAUUGACCCUAGCAGUAGUGCUAAUAUUAUGACAAAAUGGACGUUCGAUCAGUUAAAAGUGGCUGCAGACCAGAUUCGUCCCACUAAAAGUCCUUUGGUAGGAUUCGAUGGAAGAAGAGUGGAGCCCAUAAGAGUGAUCACGCUAUCAGUGACUGCUGCUAAAAUAUCUCUGAAAGAGAACUUCGUGAUUGCGGAUAUUCACCCAACCUACAAUUUGCUAAUGGGUUGA